AUGACAAAACAGAAAGCAGCUGCUUAUACCACCAGUACUACUACCACUACUACUACUACCACCACCACUACCAUAAGCACUUCAACUACCACCUCUGCCAAUCUCCAACAGCAGGCUAAUGGCAGCCAAAAAAGUCCUUCUGCACUCACUACAGUCACCACCUUCCACAACCAGCCAACACCCACUGACAGGAAAGUGGUCCAGGUUAAUCUCUUUGGGGACCAGAUGUCUCCGACCUUCUCGGCGGCUGAAAGAGUCCCCGUUUCAUCAUCACAGCAGUCUCAAAAAACGGUCACCAUGCCUAACACUCCUGGUUCGCCGCCCUUUAUCAGAGGCACCCAGAGUUCUGGUCAUUCUCCAACCAGCCACAAGAUCUCCCCCCAGGCUCUGCUCCUGGGGAAGGGUCCUUGUACCAGCCAAGCCCAAAUGCUGCUGAGGGCCCAGAUGCUGAUUCUAACCUCUGCAGUGCGGCCCGAUCUACCUGUACUCUCCACUCCUUCUUCCUCCUCCUCCUCCACCUCCUCCUCUUCCUCUUCUCAAUUUACCUCCUCACAGCUGGAGUCACUGACUCUACGACCUCCUCCGCCUGGUACACUGACCAUCCCUUCCAACCUCCCACUCAAAUCCACUGCCCCAGGUCAAGCCGCUGCCCUGAACUGCCCAAGGGCACCCACCCUGCCUCUAAGGCCCAGCCAGUCACCCAGCUCCCUGGGGAAAGAAGGGCCCAAGAGGCCAGAUGGAGCCAACCCCCAGCCAACUGCAUCUAAAGCUCUGCCUGUCCGUCACCUCACAGUGCCACCACCAUCCCUCUACUCUCCGGUCCAGGCCCACGCGCUUGCCAAGCAAAAGCCCGGCAACAUGAACAGUCUGAAGAGGUCACACAGCCAGAUCAACAUUCCACAGCAUCCCUUCACCCAGAGGUUGACUCCACCCAACUCCCCUCCCAUUGCACCAAAGAAGACGUUGCCAGAUUUAAAACGUUGCCCGUCAAAUCAGUCUCCUCAGCAUCAGGCAACGCCAGUGUCCAUGUGCAUCUCUGUCCCUUCGGCCAGCAGAUCCCAGCUUUCGAACCCUUCCGCGAGCCUUCCCGUCAGCCCCUCUUCACCUGGCGGUUCAUUGUUAGCCACUAAACAGCUUCUGAGAAUUGCGCUGUCCUCCGCGUCAGCCUCUGCGCAGUGCGCCAACGGCCAGUCAAAGACGCCCGCUGUUUCCCCGUCCCACGACCUCGUCCAGUCACGGCCUCCCGUUUCUCCCGCCCUCGCGAAACCGGACUUUCCCGGCCAACCAAUGAGGACUUCAAACCCAUGCCAAAAGCUCGUGCAGCUCUCACCCUCAAGACAGACAGCGUCCACUCUACCGACCACACCGACAGCCACUCCUCCUCUCCUCUCACCCCAGAGGGCCUCGCCUCCCUCUCCUGUCCUCCCCAUGUUAUCCCCAAAUGUUUUACACGCCCCUCCCAGAUCACCAUUGCUUUUACAGAGUACUCCUAGACAAGCGGACGGCGCGUCAAAAGAAGAGAAACGAAUCAAAGAGGAGAAAAAAGAGAUAGAAAGAGAGGAACAAACCCCCCAGGACCUUAAAAGUCCAGGACCCCCAAAGAAAGCUAACACACAAAACCAAGCAGUGCAGAACUCCAUUGUCAGUCAGCAGUCACCUGAACGCUUGGGCAAAUCUAUGACAAUCUGCACACAGGAGUCCAAGAAUGAAAGCUCAACAAAGAACACACAGACAAAUGAGCUGCUUGUAGCCCAUGCAGUAGAGUCACCCGCUGAACGAGAGGACCUCUGUGAAGACAUGUCCACUCAGUCAGACAAUCACUCAGCUAUCUCCAGCCUAUCAGACAUGUCGCCUGCUCAGUCCUCUACGGUCCGACCGUCAGACGAGUCCCCCAUCGGCAGCGGCUCUUCUCCCAAAUUUCCUCCAGUGCCGGCGAAACCCGUCGGUCAGUCCCCCUCUUCCAGUUCCACGGGUCCUCCACAGAACCAGAGCACUCCCGGGGUGGCUAAACCCGUCAUUCUCACACACCUGGUGGAGGGCUUCAUCAUCCAGGAGGGCUUGGAGCCGUUCCCGGUAAGCCGGUCGUCGGUGAUGCCAGACAGGCCCUGUGAGUCUGGGCUGAAUGGGGUGAAAGGACCAAAUAUUUUCCGUUUCCCAUCCACAUCAGAGCCACCAGAGGACUCUACCGACACUGACAGUAAUGCAGAGGAUAUGAUAACAGACAAUGGUGUGGAGGACGGGCAGAAACUUGUGCUGCAGUGCCAGUUUUGUAAGAGGAGAGGCACUGCCCAAACAUUUGCCCGCUCCAAGCGCUUCUGCUCCAAGUCCUGUGCCAAGAGGUUCAGUUACACCAAACGCCUUCGUGCUCUGAGACGCAGUGGAGGUCAGGAAGGUGGUUCAGCGCUGAAUGGAGCAGAGGAGAAGAGUGAAGAGAGCCUUCAAAAGGAAAAGCCAGGCUCCACGGAGCACUGGAGCAUCUUGAAGCAGCCGUCAGAGGACGGGUCUGGGGAGACCUCCGGGCCCAUGAAGACAAGGCUCCGCAGACACACGGAGCUGGAGCGAGAGAGAGAAAUGAGAGCGAAGGAGACUCCGCCUUCUCCCUCAGAACCCACAUCACCCACUGACCUUUCCUUAAGCGUCAGACCAGCCCAGUGGACGGUGGACCAAGUCUGGAGCUUCAUAUCCGCUUUACCAGGGUGUCAAGACAUUGCUGAGUCAUUCCGAGCCCAGGAGAUUGAUGGGCAGGCUUUGCUCCUGCUAACAGAGGAUCACCUGAUGAGUGCCAUGAACGUCAAACUGGGACCAGCGCUUAAGAUCUGUGCACGGAUCAACUCCCUUAAGGAGGGAGGAAGAUGAAGAGGAGGUGAAAAAGACAUUGAAAGAAAGACACAAAGAGUUUAGUACGUCCCUGUGGACUUUUAAGAGCACUUGCCAAUAGAAUAGAGCCAUUUGUGCACUUUAAAACUUUGAAAAAGAGAUUUAUCCAAUUGAACUCAACAUGUGAAAACAUAAAAUGUGUUUCUUUGUUUUUGGGGGGAUUUUUUUUGUUUUUGUUUUUGUUUUUGUUUGUUUUUUUUGCUCGAACUAAGUUAGUAUAAAAUUACAGUACAAGUAAACUUAGCCUCUGUCUGAAAGCAUGAUAGCAAUAUAACAAUCUCUUUCUGUGAGUAUACUACCAGAUCUAUACGCAAAAAUAGUUUGAGGGAAAUGUCUGUGUCUGCUUUUUAUAAUGGGUCGUAAUCAGGGUUGUUCAUUCUAUAUUUUUGACUGAGAGGAAUGGAUCAAUACCAGUGUCAAAUGUUGAAAGGUUUUAAGAGGGUGACAGAUGUACAACCAUGAGCAUGUCUCUUUGUAGAUAUUUUCAUAUUGUACUGUAUAUGUGUACAUGUAUUACAAUGCAGUGUUUUGUGUGUAUAAAUUUAAAAAAAUGUUUCGUGAAGGA